UUCGAGGGAGAGCGCUAGUGAGUGCAGGCUCGCCGUCGAGAGAAGUCGCCAUUACUUCUCCCAGCAAGGAAGACCUGUUGGCGCUCGCUGCCCGGCUCUGGCAGAGGAGGAAGCGGCUGGUGGCCGCCGUCGGGAUCGCCCUGGCCAUGGGCCUCAUCCUGCUCAUCGCCGUCCCCAUCCUGGUCCAGGUGCCGUCCAAGAGCCAGGCGCACUACGAGAUGAUGGGCACCUGCCGCAUGAUCUGCGACCCCUACAGCGCCAGCAACGCCGCCGCCGCCGCCGGACCCUCCAGCCGCCCCGGAGGCACCACCGCCGCCCUCGAAGCUAUGCAAGAGCUGAGCGCCAACCCGCCUCCGCCCCCACCGCCCUUCAUCCAGGGCCCCAAGGGCGAUCCCGGCCGUCCGGGCAAGCCGGGGCCCAGGGGGCCUCCCGGGGAACCGGGCCCCCCGGGUCCUAGAGGGACACCAGGGGAGAGGGGCGAUUCGGGCAAGCCGGGGCUGCCGGGGCUGUCGGGGCCCGGGAUCGGAGCCCCCGGAACAGCGACGACAGCAGGAGGAGUGGGAUCGGGUAUGGGCAGCAGCAGCAGCAGCAACCCGCCGCCCGGAGGCGAGGUGACGGGCGCGUUGAGCGCAGCCUUCAGCGGCCCCAAGAUCGCCUUCUACGUGGGCCUGAAGAGUCCCCACGAGGGCUACGAGGUGCUCAAGUUCGACGACGUGGUGACCAACCUGGGCAAUCACUAUGACCCUACCACGGGCAAGUUCACCUGCCAGGUGCGCGGCAUCUACUUCUUCACUUACCACAUCCUCAUGCGGGGCGGUGAUGGCACCAGCAUGUGGGCGGACCUCUGCAAGAAUGGGCAGGUGCGGGCAAGUGCCAUUGCUCAGGACGCAGACCAGAAUUACGACUACGCCAGCAACAGUGUGGUGCUGCACCUGGACUCAGGGGAUGAGGUGUAUGUCAAACUGGAUGGAGGCAAAGCCCAUGGAGGCAACAACAAUAAGUACAGCACUUUCUCUGGCUUUCUUUUAUACCCCGAUUGAUGAAGUCAAGCAUACCAAGACAUGGCCCAUCAUUGCCUCGUCCCCUUGCCAUGCCUUUCCUAAGGUCUGCUGUUCAGGUCACUUUAAACUUCAUUCUAAACAAACUCUUAUGUUUCAUUGAUUGAAGUGUCAGAGAGAAACAGUCAGCUUCUUCCUUCAAGCCAUUGGCGUGUACUAUCUUCUGUUGUGUCUGGUUGUUCAUUACACUAUGAGAUGAGCAGGGCUAAAAGCAUUAACUGGUUAAUCAGCACCAUGAAUCAAUGGAUUCAUUUAUCACUGAUUUUUUAAAAAAAAGUUAAAUCCUGUCUGUCUCUGGUGAAAAAGGCGGUCCGAUACUGAUGGAACCUUUGUUGUCCAAUUAUCCACUUAACAUCCCUCAAUUCAGGUUGUAGAUUGUAAGGAUAUUUUCAGAAACAGUAUCAGACUUGCCUGUGUUGUUUAGUCAUGAGAAUAUGUAGCCUUCAUUAAAUAGCCUUGUCUUAAAAUGAGUGCUGGGAUGUCACAAUACCUGAUUUUUGCCAAUAUGUUAGAUAAAAAUAAAACAAAAUUGCAUCAUAUGCAAACACAUAUUGUUAUGCCACCAGUACAAUCAAGAAAUCUCCAGCUCCAGUUCCCCAUUGAUUUCUUGGUGCCUGAAGUCCCAUUCUAUUGUCUAAUAUGUCAGGAUUGAGCCUCCAACCUCCUAUGGGCAAAGCAGGUGCUGUGCCAUUGACUUCUAAUCUUUCCUUUGAUUAAACAAGCUGUUAAAAACAAGAUGUCCAUUGACCCAACAAACUCCUUUAAUCAAUGAACAUUACAGCCAUCUGUUUUGAAACCAACCAGACCACUACAUGUAUAUGAAAGAUUCCGAGACAAAACCCAUUAAUACACAACCCAGAAUGGAUGAGUCUUAGCACUUUAUUUCUCUUUAUGUAUGAUUGUUGCUUUUACUGACAGUUUGGAGAAUAGGACAGAAUUAUUGUGACACUGCAUUGGCUGUGUGUUAUGCUGCUUUGGUAUGUAGGGGAUUAGAAUAUAACCAUUUUGAUUUAUAUUCUAUAAAUAUAUAUUUUAUUUCUUUAUUUCUUCCAUCCACCCUUGUGCAAUGCAAUACUUGUGUGGGUGAUGAAGUUGAAAAGUUUAAUCUCCUGUCUUAAAAACAAAAUG